GAGUUACGAUCUCGGCGCAACCGAUCGUAACCGAUCGCAACCAACCAACCAUGGCGGACGAUGAAUGGUGUUGUUUGGCUGUGAAUUGAAUUGGUUUUUCAAUUCUAUGAGAGUUAUUGUGAACAUUGUUAUCUCUGAUGUGUAAAAUUAUUUUGGAACGUUUCCUCUCAUAUUGGUUAAAUUCCGAUGUGUUUAAAUUAAAGCCUAGUGAAAAUUGAUGUGCCAUUUUUACAGACCAAUUUCCAAGCUCGCCCAUUUCCUUUGUGAUCUAGUUAACUUCUGUAGUGAACAUUUUAUACAUCUUUGUGCAGAUAGUUGACACUCAAUAAACGCAUUAUUAUGAUUUCAAAUGACUGUUAACAUAAAAAAAAGACUUCAACAUUUAAGCGCUUUCCUUUUCUGUAACCUCAAACGCGGAAGAAAAUCACGUCAGUCGAAGCCGCUACGAUUUUCUUGUAGCUUUGGAUAGAAGUUAUGCAAAUAUUGCCCAAAUAUAAUAUACCUGGAAUAUGUGCGCCAGUGGGUGAUUAAGUGAUAAUACUGCAAUAGUGAUUUGAUAAUGAAAUAAUGGUUGAAAUCGGCGUCCCGCAGCAAUCAGCUGAUGAGAACCUAGAAAAUGCGGAAUGGUAUUGGGGAGACAUAACCCGUGAUGAAGCUGCUGAGAAGCUCUUGGACACAUGUGAUGGAACCUUCCUAGUCCGCAACUCAUCAAACAAAGAUGGAGGUUACACUCUCACCGUAAGGAAAGGUGGUUCAAACAAGUUGAUCAAAAUAUAUAACCAAGAUGGCCGGUACGGAUUUUGCGAACCCUUUGAAUUCAACUCCGUUGUGGACCUGGUCAGGUUCUACACAGAGUAUUCUCUUGGUCAUUGUAAUCACAAUUUGGACAUCAAGCUUACACACCCGCUUUCAAGACUCCCUGAAUAUGAUGGCGGAGAAAACAUGAGUGAUGAAACACUUGAAAUGCAAUACAAAGAGAAGCAUGAGGAGUAUAUUGCCAAAUUUAGAGAUUUUUCAGAACGGUCAUAUAAAUUCACAAGGCUCAGAGAAGAAGUUAAAUAUAAAAGACAAGCUUUAGAUGCUUUCAAAGAAACACUUAAGAAAUGUGAGGAACAUCUUAAGAUGCAGGAGAAAAUGCAAACAGAAGCCCAACCUCAUGAAAAAAAUGAUCUUAUAGAGAACAAUAAACAGCUACUAUCCCGAGUACAAAGUCUGAGGGAAGCUAAAAAGGAGCUGCAUGAAAUACUGAGAGCAACUGUCAGUGCCAGUUUAGUUCUUGAAAGAGAAAUUUAUAAGCUAAAAUCUGAUAUACUUGUAAUAUACAAAACCAAGGACCGGUACAAACUAUGGUUACAAAGACGAGGGAAAACGGAUGAAUAUCUACAAGCAUUGGAGAAUGACAACACUGAUGAAUUGGAAGAAUUGUAUGCACACCGUGAACCAAUCAGUUGGAAAGUAGACUGCACCAGAGAUAUGGCAGAGCGUCUGCUGGCUGGAAAGCCUCAAGGCACAUUCUUGAUUAGGCCCAAUUCAACAGGCCAAUUAGCACUUUCUAUUUCAUGCAAUAACACUAUAUACCAUUGUAUUAUCUUUAGAACUGAAAGGGGAUAUGGAUUUGCUGAACCUUACAACAUUUAUAGGACCCUGAACGAGCUUGUACUUCAUUAUGCUGUUAAUUCACUUGAAGAGCACAAUGAUCACUUAAAAACGAAACUAAAAUAUCCCCUCAAUGCAAGUUUGGUGAAGAAACCAGAGAGAAACCAAGUAAAAUGAGGAUGCAGUGGUAUUUUGUUGGUGAAACUUGCAGUAUACUAAAACUUAUCUUGUCUUCUAUUCCAUGAAUAGAAUGACUACUGAAAGUUUUCAGUUGAAACACCUAUUUAUUUGCUAUAUAUCUUAACAUAAUCAAACAUUGAAAAUAUGCCUGAUAUAUACCAUAUAAAUAUAAAAUUUGAUUAUCAUUAUGUAUGUGUAUGAGAAACCGUUGAUGAAAAACAGUACUUUUUAAACUUAUGAAAUACUGUUGAUUUUUUAAAUGUUAUAUUAUCAAUUUUAAUCUAUUGUAUAGAUUUUUAUUUAUAAAAUUAUUGCAUUGAAAUGAGAUUACUAAAAACAGUAUGUAGAUUUUGCAGGUUUUUUAUUAAGAAUUUGUCUUUAUGACAACGAAAAUAUUCACCUUAAUCGCGUCCAAUAUAUUCUUGAUUCAAUGCAUAGUUCAUGGAGUGAUGUGUGUGUAGAUAUUGCCUGGGUAAAUUAUGUGGGAUCAGAGUUUGAAAUUGUGACCUUUUUCUCUGUGACGCCAUUUGAACUUUAAUGUCGCGUUUGGUGGCUCAAACGCAGUCGUGGUGCACAGAGAAACAGGAUUACGAAAUUUGUGUAUAUGUUCAUAGAGUAUGUGAUAUGUGAAGUUAUUCACAUUAAAUUAGACUAAGAUGUGCGACUGUCAAAUACACAAAGAGCUACCACAAUGGUAUUACUAAUUUAUGAGUGCAGAUGAAUGAUUGGGCCAUGUUAUAUCUUGUUUUUGUUCUUAAUAUUGUGAUAGUAAUGUGAUAGACAACUUCUGUUCGUGCAUUUUAAUGUAAUUUGCUUAUUUUAGAAACGUCAAUAUCAACUUCUAGUAUUGAUGUUAGAGAACAAUAAAUAUUUAAUAUAUUGAUGAACUUAGUAUGCCCAUUACGGUUUUACAUAACAAAUGUUUUAACUUUGAAUUGAAGAUUUAAGAACUUAAUGAUAGGUAAGAAUAAUCUUAAGGCCUUUUGGGAUCAGCUGAUAAGAUAUUGUUUUAAAAUUGCUAAGGCAUGGAAAGAAGUGAGGUAUAUAAUUGCCAGCUAAAUCUGUUCUCUCUGUAUCGAUCCUGCAUUAGUACUAAUAUUGUUAAGUGUAUUGAAUGUGCUAAAAGACUGAAUGUCAAGGCGAUUGUGACAGGUCACAGGGUGAAGCAGGAAAUUUGUUUUUUUUUUAUUCUUUACUGAGUAAAGUAGCCUUUGUAAUGUAGCCUUUUAUCCCUUGAUUUAAUAUUGAUAUUAUUAAAGAUUCUAAAUCAGAAUUCAAAAACGAAAAAUCUGCAUAAUUUAAAAAGGCUAACAUUUCCUGCUUAUCGACAACGAAUUACACUAACAAUUUAGAUAUUUGCGUCGCGCUGCCUAAAAGCUGGCCUACUUACUGUGCCUCAAUGUUGCGAUCUUUAUAGGGAAUCCCAUCUUCAUCGCACUGUUUAUGGAGUACGUUUCAUCUUAUUUUUUUGUGGACUAAUACUCUAAUACCCACAAUUUAAUUAGUGAUUUUCUACUGUGUAAACUCAACAAUAAGUUUACCUAGGGGGUAAAUGGGCGUUCUUUUCUAAGCAUAAACAAGCCACUAUAGGUUUUGGUAGGUAUCAAUUUAAGACCUUGUAACGCAAAAUUCAGGACGAUAUGAGUUGUACAUGUUCGUAAAUGUGGGUUCGAUGUUUUGUUACAAUUUGAAUAAAUAUGUGAUAGUAAUUAUAAAAUCGAGUACUAUGUACAUAGGUGUACGUGAAUUGGUCUUACCUCGAAAAUGUCUUGUACCAAUCAACAUAUUCAAUAUUAUAAUUUUCGUAUAACAAUUGUAUAAUGAAGUAUGCUUUGCCGUAGUUGCUUUCAUAAGUGUAACAUAAUGAAUAUAAUCUGUAAUCAGUUAGUUAUAAAAAUACUACCGAAUUUGCACCUUGCUCUAUAUAAAUGCAUAUGCAUAAAUAUAUGUAAUAGAACUUAUUGAAUCACUUGACUUACUCAUAAAAUCUUAUGAAAACGUUUUCGGAUGGAUAUAUUUACUUUUACACCUACAUAUUUUUAUGUAUUUGAAUAUAACAAAUCGCCCCACAUCCUUUUAUAAUAUAGCUCUUAGAACUCGUUCAUAUUUUUCGAAAUGUGUCUCAAUUCCGAGGACCUACCUUGAUUUGUUUUUUUUAAUCAAUUUUAAAUAAAUAUUAAAAUCGUCAAUUAAUUAUCAUUGAGUCGUAUUAGGUACUUGUUAAUAAUUUUAUAUUGUGGUAAUUACUUUAGGUAGGAAUAUCAAAUUAAAAAUGAAAUUGUUUUGAAAUUUGUAUAAUCUCUCAUGACAUCAUACUUCUAUACUAAUGUCAGUAACUGACUUAAAAACUAGUAGGUCCACCUAAAGCUCAAACCCUUGUUAGUCGAAGCUAUCGAGUACUACCUAUUUUGCAAAAAAAAUCAUUGAAAUUCUCGUUUUUAAGCCAGAAGCCCAGCAUACAAAGAUUUUAUCCAAAAAGGCCUGAAAUAUUGUUUUUUAAUGUGAGCGGUAAACAUGUGUGUGUAAGUCUAAACAUUAUGUAAAUUUUAUCUUGGUUAGAUAGUUUUAUUUUCCUGUAUAUUUUGUAACACAUUUGUGUAUUUUUGUUGCAUGCAAUAAUUUUACAUUGAUUUCAGUGCUAAUGUUAUUUGUGCAAUAGGAAAUUUAUAAAAUCUCAAGAUUCUUUUGUAUAUAUCAAUAAAAUUAUGUUCCCAAAAUAAGUCACCAACAUAAAUGGUAUCUAUUUAAAAUUUAUAUUUUAAUUAUAACAUUUCGUAAAUGUAUAAAUUACGUUUUAAUUGUAUGUGAGUUUAGUGUGCAUCAUAGUAGGAUAUAUAUUAAGUUUAUAUAACAAGAGAGCAUAAGAGUAAGUGAGAUUAUCGAAUUGAAAUUUAUUUUUAUAUUCGUAUCUAUAAAUAUGUAUGUCCUUAGGAUUUUAAAUAUUAUUUGCUAGCCUACAUUGUGGAAAUAUGAUCUCAAGGGUGAUUUGUUAAAGUAGGCACAUUUAGCAACGACCGAGACCGUGGAAGCUAUAGGUAAGACUGGAGACUCCCAAGAACUUUUUGAUCCAAAGUACAUAUCUAUCCCUUUCAUCGGUAGCUCAAUCUCCUUGCGCUCUGCGAGGUAUCUUUAUACCUAGGUACAGGUAGGUAAAUAAAAUAUUUUUUUAUUAUUGAGGUCAGGCUACAGAUGAAAGAGAUAGCAUUUAUCUACCUUGCAUCAAAAAGUUCUUAAGAGUAUUGGUUCCAGUAUUAUCUAUUUAUUAAGUUUUAUAGCUUCAUGGUAAAGACCCGAUUUUUUUCAAGAUAGCCACCGGGUUCAACAUGUCCUUUGGUUGCAACAAGUCCUAUGACUUAGAAAUGGGUUCUUCUGACUGAACACAGCAGAUUAAAAUUAGGAAUGCAAAUAUAUCAAUAUGUACAGCCAAAUGCAUAAAAUAGAACUAAGACAAACUAUCUCCAUUUGAUAUAAACAUUGUAAUAGUAGUGUUUUAAUAAGUGUUAAUAAAUAAAAUGUCAACAAAUCAA